AGUUCAGCUUCCUGAACUGCGGGGAGCUUGGCGGGCGGUCGCUGCAAGCCGGGCGUAGGCCGCAGAGGUCGCGAGUUCAGGCGUCCCGACUCCCGUGUGACUGUCGCGAUGUUUUUCUCCCAGGCCGGGGCCCGGCCGCGGAUGUGGGAAGCCAGCCCGUCAGAACAGAAGAAGUGGGUGGAAAUAUUUAAAGCAUGCGAUGAAGAAAACAAAGGCUAUCUAAGCAGAGAGGACUUUAAAGUUGCUGUUGUAAUGCUGUUUGGAUACAAGCCCUCCAAGAUAGAAGCUGAUGCUGUGAUGUCCUCAGUAGAUCCAAACACUUCCGGGAUAUUACUUAAGGAGUUUUUAGACAUCGUAAGGAAAAAGAAGGAAGCUCAACUAUAUCGGAAUGAAAUAAGACACAUCUUCACAGCUUUUGACAGGCACUAUCGUGGAUAUUUAACUCUGGAAGAUUUCAAAAAAGCAUUUAAGCAGGUGGCUCCCAAGUUAUCGGAAAGGAUUAUUCUCGAGGUAUUCAGGGGACGCGGGUUCGGGCCCUGGCCCGGGAGGAUCCCACCUGCCGCGGAGCAACUAAGCCUGUGCGCCACAACUACUGAGCCUGCGCUCUAGAGCCCGCGAGCCACAACUACUGAGCCCACGUGCCACAACUACUGAAGCCCGCAUGCCUAGAGCCCGUGCUCCGCAACAAGAGAAGCCACGACAAUGAGAAGCCCGCGCACCGCAACGAAGAGUAGCCCCCGCUCACUGCAACUGGAGAAAGCCCGUGGGCAGCAAUGAAGACCCAACACAGCCAAAAAUAAAUAAAUAAAUAAAUUUAUUUAAAAAAAAAAAAAAAAAAGAAC